ACUUCCGGAAGCUCCCGGCAGAUUGGCGUGGUCCGCUAGGUAAAGUCGGUACUUGGACUCACGUGCGGUAGCCUUGGCCCCGCGCGCCCCCAUUUCUCGGCCUCAUGGCUGGGCUGACCCUGUUUGUGGGCCGCCUGCCGCCCUCGGCCCGCAGUGAGCAACUGGAGGAGCUGUUCAGUCAGGUGGGGCCGGUGAAGCAGUGCUUCGUGGUGACUGAGAAAGGGAGUAAGGCAUGUCGAGGCUUUGGCUAUGUCACUUUUUCUAUGCUGGAAGACGUUCAGAGGGCUCUAAAGGAGAUUACCACCUUUGAAGGCUGCAAGAUCAAUGUGACUGUUGCCAAAAAAAAACUAAGGAACAAGUCAAAGAAAAGGGGAAAAAUGGUGAAAAAAUCAGAGUCCCCAAAGAAAGAGCUGAAACCAAAGAAAGCCAAAGUUGCAGAUAAGAAAGCCAGAUUAAUUAUUCGGAAUCUAAGCUUUAAGUGUUCAGAAGAUGACUUGAGGACAAUAUUUGCUCAAUUUGGAGCUGUCCUGGAAGUAAACAUUCCUAGGAAACCAGAUGGAAAAAUGCGUGGUUUUGCUUUUGUUCAGUUCAAAAACCUCCUAGAAGCAGGAAAAGCUCUCAAAAGCAUGAACAUGAAAGAGAUAAAAGGGCGGACGGUGGCUGUGGAUUGGGCUGUGGCAAAGGAUAAAUAUAAAAAUACACAGUCUGCCUCUGCCCCAGGUGAGGAGAAGAGGCCUGAACCUAAAUGUCAGGAAUUAGGUCAAGAGAAUAGGAGGGAAGAGGAGGAGGAAGAGGAGGAGGAGGAUGAAGAUGAAGAUGGAGAUGAAGAAGAGGAGGAGGAGGAGAAUAAAGAAUCAAAGGUGACCAAGCCUGUGCAAAUUCAGAAGAGGGCAGUCAAGAGGGCAGCACCUGCGGAAAGCAGUGAAGAGGAGCAUUCCGAUGACGACAGCAAUCUGGAGGAAGGAGAUAGUGUUGGCAGUGGAGAGGAGCUGGCUCAGAGUGAUACCAGCACUGAAGAGCAAGAGGAUGAAGACAGGCAAGUCUCAAAGAAGAAAAGGAAACUACCCUCUGAUGUGAAUGAAGGGAAAACUGUCUUUAUAAGAAACCUGUCCUUUGACUCAGAGGAAGAAGACCUUGGAGAGCUCCUCCAGCAGUUUGGAGAUCUUAAAUAUGUCCGCAUUGUCUUGCAUCCAGACACAGAGCAUUCUAAAGGUUGUGCAUUUGCCCAGUUCAUGACCCAAGAAGCAGCUCAGAAGUGCCUUGAAGCUGCUUCUCCAGAGACUGAGGGUGGUGGGCUUAAACUGGAUGGCCGGCAGCUCAAGGUUGACUUGGCGGUGACCCGUGAUGAAGCUGCAAAGCUCCGGACAAAGAAGGUGAAGAAGCCUACUGGAACCCGGAACCUCUAUCUGGCCCGAGAAGGCUUGAUUCGUGCUGGGACGAAGGCUGCAGAGGGUGUGAGUGCUGCUGAUAUGGCCAAAAGGGAACGAUUUGAGCUGCUGAAGCACCAGAAACUCAAGGACCAAAAUAUCUUUGUCUCCCGGACCAGGCUCUGCCUGCACAAUCUCCCAAAGGCUGUGGAUGACAAACAGCUCAGAAAGCUGCUACUGAAUGCUACUAGAGGGGAGAAGAGGGUGCACAUCAAGGAGUGUCGGGUGAUGCGAGACCUUAAAGGAAUUUAUGGGAAAGUUAAGGGUCAGUCCUUGGGCUACGCCUUUGCAGAGUUCCAGGAGCACGAGCAUGCCCUGGCGGCCCUACGACACAUCAACAACAAUCCAGAAAUCUUUGGGCCUCAGAAGAGACCAAUAGUGGAGUUCUCUUUGGAAGAUCGAAGGAAACUUAAAACAAAGGAACUGAGGAUCCAGCGCAGCCUGCAAAAAGCAAAAUCCAAGCCUGCAACUGGUAAGCCCCAGCAGGAACAAGAACUUGGAAAACACCAGCCAAGAAAAGCAGCUCAGAACCACACACAAGAGCAGAGCAAGGGCCCCGCAGAGCAGAAGGGGAAGGCGGGCUCUGUCUCGUGGGCAGGAUUCCAGACCAAGGCCGAAGUGGAGCAUGUGGAGCUGUCCGACGGAAAGAAGAGAAGGAAGGUCCUGGUGCUCCCCUCGCAUCGAGGCCCCAAAAAUAGGUUGCGGGACAAAGGCAAAAUGACGUCUCUCCCUCCUAAGAAGCCAAAGCCCCAGAUGAACCACUGGAAGCAAGAGAAGCAGAAAUUAUCUUCUAAGCAGGUACCUAAGAAAAAAGCUAAGGGAAAUAAGACAGAAAUUCGCUUCAACCAGCUGGUCGAACAAUAUAAGCAGAAAUUAUUGGGACCUUCCAAAGGAGCUCCUCUUGCAAAGAGGAGCAAAUGGUUUGACAGUUGAUGAUGCCAUCAGACUGGAUAAGAAGCUGGAUCGUGUGCUUCUUGUGUCUUUGGAAACCAGUGAAUGCUCAGGAAUGCCCUUAAUUGGUAUGAAGAUUGGUAAAAGGAAAAAAAAGAAAAGAUGGGUAGGAGAGACCAUGAAAAUAUUGAAGCCUUUUUGAGACAAUGAAGGACAGAGGUUGUAUCUCCAGAGUUACCUUGAGACAGUGUGACCUGGGGAGUUUGAAACGUUCUGGUGGCAGCUUGGCAACACAUCAAUCCUAGGAUGGCCUGUACUCUGUGGAGCAGUCACAUACUUUGUUAAGGGUGUAUGUAGACCAUCCACAGUCUGCCUGGCAACUGAUCUGUUUUCCCUUGGCCAACUGUCUGCUCACUAGACACUUUUUCCCCUAGUGUACAAAUAUCUAUAAAUGAACAUUUAAAAAUAAUCUUAACAUUUGGAUAGAUAAAAAUUGGUGUUCAUUCAGAUAGCUUUGCCAGAUUUUCUUAGAUCCCAGAUAUUUUUUCGGACAGCUUUAGCAACCCAGUGUGUUUAAAACAUCAUUCAUCUCGAAAAGUUAUUGCACAGUUCUUUUAAAAAGUAAUAGGACGAAUCAUCCACUUUCUCAACAGACAGAUUCCUUGUAUGGUGUCCUCCUUUGGGACACCUCACCUUGGGUUAUCUGGGCAGCUUUUUACUCUUGCCUCGUGAGUAUUAAUGCAACGAGAUUUGUGCUCACUUCUUCACUUCAGAGCCUAAGUUUUCAUGAAAUGGAGCUUUCUUAAGUAAACAUGAAAGUGGAGUUAUAGACUGCUCAGUUUAAAAACAACAGUAGCAAACAUUUUGUUAACAUCCAAGGUUGAAGGCCAUCAGUCAAUUUUCAGUUGAUUUUCCUGCUCCGUUACACAGCAGCCUGGCUUAGAGAUACUUCCUUUAAAUAAAGAGUCUUAAGAUUGUG